GCGAUGCGCAUAGUCGGACAACGCCAGCCGACAUGAGAUACGCUUUUGGGAGCCGGGGUCUUAACACUUAUUUUGGGGCUUAAAGAUGGAGGUUGUCCUGAAUUUAGGGGGGCGUGCCGGUGUGGGAGGGGCCAGCCCCUGCCUUGCUCAUGGUCGCCGGACUACCUCACUGAGAGGUUGACCUCGCUGGACCUAACUGAGUGACUACAUUGGAUCUCUGACAGGGUUCCCGGAAAGACAGCUAGGCAGGACGCAAAGCGACAGCUCAAGAUUCCUUUUCGAUCCAUGGACCAAAUGGUGCUGGGGAGGGCCCGCGAGGCCUUUGCGACAGACAGCAGGUCUAGGAGCGACCCUGAUGCGUGCGGCGAGCAUGGGCAGAAGCUAACCCUCUUCUGCUUGGAAGACCUGGAGCCCAUCUGCGGGGCUUGCGCUAAAGGUGGGGCCCAUGGGGGGCACAGGCUUUACCCCAUUGGAGAGGGGGCACAUGACUGUAAGGAAGAGCUGAAGGGAGCCCUGCUGCCUUUGAAGGAGAAGUUGCAGCAGUACAAGGAGGCCAAAAUUGUAUGCGAGGACAUGCAGGAGCACGUCAAGAUCCAGUUGGAUAACACGGAAAGGCAGAUCAAGAUGGAAUUUGAGGCGCUCCACCUAUUCCUGAGGGAGCAGGAGGAGGCCAGGCUGUCGGCCCUGAAGAACGAGGAGGCUACAAAGAGCCUGAUCAUCCAGCAGAGGAUCGACGAUUUGGACCAAGAGUUGGUCUCGCUCUCCAGAGUGAUCAGCUUAGUGGAGAGGGACAUGGAAAUGCAAGAUAUUCACUUCCUUAAGAAUUACAAGGACAUAAUAAGGAGAACCUGGAUAAGCUGCUGCGAGCCAGAAGAAAUGUUUGACGCUCUGAUUGACGUGGCAAAGCAUAUCGGCACACUGAAGUACCAAGUGUGGGAGAAAAUGAAGAAAAUAGUUAAAUAUAGUCCCGUCAUCGUGGAUCCCAACACAGCUGCCAACUGCUUCAUCCUGUCCGAGGACCUGACAGCGGUCCAGAAUUCAACACAGAACUUCAAAGUCCCCAACAACCCGGAACGUUUCGACAUUAGCGCCGAGAUGCUAGGCGCCGAGGGCUACACGGAGGGUCGCCAUAGCUGGACGGUGGAGGUAAAGAACAACACCUACUGGGUGGUUGGCGUGGCCAGCGAGUCCAUCAACCGCAAGGGCAAGCACGUGCUGACCCCAGCCGAGGGCUUCUGGACAAUACGCUUUCGCAACGACGAGUACAAGGCGUGCACGGCGCCGUGGGAGCCGCUCAACAUGAAGUCUAAGCCGGACAUGAUCAAGGUACUGCUGGACAUGGACCGAGGCAAGGUGGCCUUUUACAGCCCCCCGGAAAGGGAGCCGCUCUACACCUUCACCGACGUCUUCACGGCCAAAGCCUUUCCUUACUUUUGCACCGCUUGCAAAGAACACCCGCUGACGAUCCUGCCCGCUAGAUUGACUCUUUCGACCGACUGAUCCCUCCUCACGCGCGAGCAUCCGCACGAAGCUGAGACAGCAGCCGAAUCAGACGAAGAAUUCAGUCUUUGUUCUUACACAAGAGACAAUUGUGGCCAUGCGGCGUCAGCUAGCAUCAAGUGGAAAAAAAAGAACUCGUAUUGAGUUUGAAUUCAUAUGCAGUCGGCGUGGAAAGGUUAACUUGAAAUAAAACAAAAAGAUUCCUGACAAGGACGCUACUUUAA